AUGUGUCCAAGAAAAGCCCGCAGUUUCGCUCUACAACAGUAUAACAAGGUUGUUAGUCAUACGCAUAAAUUGAUUUCGGAUAGUCUCAGCGGCUGGAGGGAUAAGUUCAUUCAAGGGCUAGUGGCGUGUAUCCUUUUCGUCUGUUUUGAAAACUUGAUCGGGGAUUUCAAAAUGGCUCGCUUGCAUCUACAGCAUGGGCUUAAGCUGCUGAACGCCAAAAGUCCUGGAGGCAGUAUGAAAGACGACUCUCAACCUGACAGUUCUGUUAUAGAGACGGAUGUUAUUCCCUCCGAUGUCGUACAAGUACUUCAUCGACUUGACCUCCAGGCCAUGAGCUUUGCAGAUGAUGAAGCUCCAUACGAACACACAUCCAGCCAAGCUCAAAGUCUUACUGAUACUUCAGGUCGAAUUCCAUCCUUGGAACACGCGACAAGCUGUCUUGUACACAACUUCAAAUGGAUAUUCCGUAUCGCAACAUAUUGGGAGCCGAAUCCUAUUCCAGCCGAAGAAUUGGAAGCAGCUAGAAAAGCGCUGGUAACGUGGGAGGUCAAUUUUCAGUACCUGACGGCCUCAUUGGACGAAAAGACAAGGAAGAAAGUACAAGAAGCUAUCUACGUGCUGCAGAUGUACUCCAAAACGAUGGCAAUACUUAUCGCAACCGGGGUCUUUGGUGGAGAGAUACGAAAUUAUGAGUAUGGAAGCACAUUUCAAGAAAUUGUUGACUUUGGGAAAAGAGUCUAUGAAGGUGGGAAACAAUUCAGGACGCAAAAUGGGACUGAUAUAUUUACUUUUGAGAUGGGAGCUAUCUUCCCAUUAUUUUUCACCGCUGUUAAAUGUCGCAAUGGGCGUAUACGGCGAGAAGCAGUGGCGCUGCUGAGGGAAAUGAAACGACAAGAGGGAUCAUGGCCUAGUGUUGCUGCGGCAAGUGUUGCAGAAUAUGUGAUUCGUGUUGAGGAGGAAGGGGGUAUCAUGGAGCGAGUCUCCGAGACGGACCAUGUUCAAGCGGUACAUGUCAAGGCAGAUGUGGAACAUCGUUUGGUUGAAGUAAGUUGUUUUCUUCGAACCAGCAUACGGGACUCGCCUUGGGAUUGCCGUAAAGAAGUGGUAUCCUAGUGAAAUGAAGUUAUCUUAGCGGAAAGCCAGGCUAGUGUUCAAAAAUUAAAAUACAAAAGUGUUGUCAGACAAAAUAGAACAAGUUCACCAUGAACAUACCUACUCAUCUUGUGAUUGGUGUGAUCUUCGCCUGAGGUAAGUGAGUCGGUGGAUCCCUUCGCUUCGCGUAAGUACGAAUAGGGGAGAAAAUACCUAUUAGUCAGCAAGAGAGAGCGGAACAAUUGAUGUAAACUCCGAUCUGAGACACGUCAACGGUCAGGGCAACGUUCAAGGGAGGGGCGAUGACAGGGAUAGCUCCGAGAUCGCCCCAAAAAUAUGCUGCCCCACCAUCCACCUUUCAUGGCAAAUCAACAAAUCUAAACUUCCGCAUCAUUCACGAACACCCACCAGCUUUCGAAUAUACUCAACCAAUAUCUGCAAGCAUGGAAGAUGGUACCCAGGUCAACGGUCAUGGCGAUGCUCAAGCAAACAGCAACGGAACCACAACACCUUCAGCCUCGAGGCCCAGAACUCCAAGUCUCAAUGCUCUUUCAUUGACAGAAUAUUCCUCCAACCCGUCACCGCCGAGCGAAACCCCCAGGAAAAAGAUUGACGGCGUUGUUCCUGCAGAAUUCCUGUUGCCAAAUGGCUUUCCUGAUGUUUGUCAACCUUAAUUGACCUGUCAUGGUUCAGAUUUAUGCUUACCUAAAUCAAUUGACAGUAUCUGCGGCUUAUUCUCACCUCUCGUGUUUACGAAGUCGUCCAGGAGACCCCACUGACACCAGCCACGAAUUUGAGCAACCGGUUGGAAUGCAGUGUGUUACUGAAGAGAGAGGACCUGCAGCCCGUAUUUAGUUUCAAGUUAAGAGGAGCUUACAACAAAAUGUCACAUUUGGAUCCAACGGUUAGCUGGAAGGGAGUGGUAGCAUGCUCUGCUGGUAAGAGUCAUUCCAAAUCUUUGCGUAGUUUUGGCUAACAGAAGCUAGGAAACCAUGCGCAAGGCGUCGCAUACUCUGCACGAAAACUAAAGAUACCCGCUACGAUCGUUAUGCCAAAGGGCACGCCCAGCAUCAAACAUCUCAAUGUUUCACGGCUGGGAGGUUCGGUGGUACUGCAUGGACAAGAUUUCGACGAAGCAAAGGAAGAGUGUGGACGAUUGGAGAAGCUCCAUGGUCUUACAAAUAUCCCACCUUUCGAUGACCCGUAUGUUAUAGCUGGACAGGGCACAAUUGGAAUGGAAUUGUUGCGACAGACGAAUAUUUCGAAGCUGGAAGCUAUAUUCUGUUGUGUUGGUGGAGGAGGGUUGAUUGCUGGAAUUGGAGUUUACGUCAAACGCAUCGCUCCACAUGUUAAGAUUAUUGGUGUUGAGGCAUACGAUGCAAAUGCUAUGGUUCAAUCACUGCAGGCAGGAAAGAGAGUAGCUUUGAAGGAUGUUGGACUUUUUGCGGAUGGUGCAGCAGUCAAAAAUGUGGGAGAAGAGACCUUUAGAGUGUGUCAAGAUGUGGUGGACGAGAUCAUUCAAGUCACAACCGAUGAGACUUGUGCGGCUAUCAAGGACGUUUUCGAAGAUACUAGGUCAAUUGUUGAACCUGCUGGAGCUCUCGCACUCGCUGGACUGAAGAAAUAUGUUGCAGCAAAUCCUUCAGCAGAUACUUCUCGCCAGUUGGUGGCUAUUGCAUCCGGAGCCAACAUGAACUUUGAUCGUCUCCGAUUCGUAGCAGAACGUGCGGCACUUGGAGAAAAGAAGGAGGCUUUGAUCAUGGUUACUAUACCAGAGAGACCUGGGGCGUUCUCGGAGCUUAUCAAAACCAUCAUGCCACAUAUGGUCACAGAAUUCUCCUAUCGUUACGCAACUGGCGAUGUUGCGAACAUACUUAUUGGUAUUUCGCUCACCUCUCCUGCCUCGCAACGAGAUGCUGAACUUGCUUCAUUGCUCGGACGAAUUGCAGAUGGUGGCAUGACAGCAGUAGAUCUCUCUGGUGAUGAGCUUGCCAAAUCUCAUGUACGAUACCUGGUUGGAGGUCGCUCAGGUGUUGAGCAUGAACGCUUAUACAUGUUCAAUUUUCCCGAACGACCAGGAGCCCUCGAGAAAUUUCUUACGACAUUAAGACCUAAAUACAAUAUCUCACUAUUUCAAUACCGAAACGCCGGAAGCGAUAUCGGUAAAGUGCUUACUGGAAUCAUCUGUCCCAAUGACGAACUUACAGAGCUGGAAUCUUUUUUGAAAAGAAUUGGUUAUCCUUGGGAGGACUGUACCGAGUCUGAUGUUUUUAAGACUUUCUUGAGACCAUAAAUCAAGAGUGACUUUGGUCUUUGUGUUGUGUCUGAGGUUAGCGAUUUGGAGUUGGGGAGUACUGUACGAUUUGCUAUUUACAUGACCUUGCCAGUUUCGGGACAUAUGAUCGAUAAGAUAAGAUGAGAAGGAUGUAAAAGUUACAUAGACAUCCUUCGUUAAUGUGAAACGUAGAAAUGAACUUGAUUUUCUGUU